CGCAGGGCGGUCCGGGCGGUCUUUCAGUCCGCGCGCGCCCUCGCCAUGGCACGGUGGCUGAAGGCUUUGGCGGCCGUUCUGCUGCUCGCCGCCGCCGCGACCGCGCGAAAACCCGCCGCCGCCAAACACGAACCCCAGAUCGAGGAAGUCACCGCCAAACAGUUGGAGCGAGUGCUGGAAGAGAAGGACUUCGUCGCGGUGUUCUGGUAUGCCCGAAGCUGCGUAACAUGUGACAAGGUGCUAGAAGAGUUAGAGAAAAUAGACGAUGACACCGAUACCUUCGGAGUGGAUUUUGUGAAGAUCAACGAUAAGCGGCUAGCCAAGCAGUAUGGCAUCACGAAAUUUCCCGCCCUCACGUACUUCCGUGAGAAGGAACCGAUCAUUUACGAAGGAGAUCUCAUGGACGAAGAAAGCGUCCUGGAUUUCUUGACGAGUUUAGAAGCAAUGGACCUUCCUGACCGGAUAGAAGAAAUCAAUCAAAAGAUCCUGUCGAAAAUCAUUGAAGACACCGAUUACGUAGCUGUGCUCUUCUGUCCUGAUCACGAAUCUUGCGGCUCAUCGAACAAUAAGCCGGAGUGUAAAAAAUGCGCUAAAGCACUUCAGGAGUUAGAAAACAUCGAUGAUGAAGCUGACCAACUAGGAAUUGGUUUUGUCAAAAUCCAUGAUGAAGAACUUGCUGAGGAGUACAGUCUUGGAGACCUGCCAAGACUGGUGUACUACAGGCACGAAAUACCUAUUAUCUAUGAAGGAGAACUGAGUCGUGAAGAGGACGUGCUGGAGUGGCUGAUUGCGAACAAGUCGACGGGAGACGAGGAGGACGUCAUCGAAGACGUCACGGCCAAGACCUUGAAUACGCUCAUCGGAAAUGUUGACAACCUGGUCGUACUUUUCUACGAUCACGGCGACGAAGAAUCAAUGACAGUUCUGGGCGAGCUUGAAAAGAUCGACGAUGAUUGCGAUCGCCAUGGUAUUCAAUUUGUCAAGAUUGACGAUCAGAAAGCUGCUGACGCGUUUGGUAUCGACCACAUCCCUGCUAUCGUGUACUUUGAGAAACAGAUCCCUAAUGUUUACGAUGGUGAUUUAGAGAAUGAGGAAGAAAUCUUAGAGUGGUUGGUAGAUCAAUUGGAAAAAGAUGAGAUUGAAGACGUCACCGAUGAGAUGUUGGACAAACUUAUCAAAGAUGGCAAAACCGUCGCUGUGUUAUUCUAUGACAACAACGACCGUAAAUCUCAAAAAGUACUUAACGAACUGGAAAACAUCGACGAUGAAUGUGACCAACUUGGCAUUGCGUUUGUGAAGAUCGACAAUGACGAUGAAGCUAAAGAAUACGGGAUCGAAAAAGUACCUGCGCUACUGUACUUUGAAAAGGGUAUACCCACUUAUUAUGAGGGCAAUUUAGAAGAGGAAGAUAAAGUCCUUCAAUGGCUGCGGUACCAAAUCGAGAGUGACGAAAUUGAGGAUAUCACCGACGAAAUGCUUGAUAUGAUCAUCGACAAAAUGCAAUACGUGGCCGUACUGUUCUACGACAAGGACCAGAAGAAAAGUCAAAAGAUCUUGGCUGAGUUGGAGAAUAUUGAUGAUGAAUGUGACCAAAAUGAUAUAGCUUUUGUUAAGAUCGAUGACGACAAGGAGGCCAAGGAGUAUGGCAUUGAAUCUAUUCCCACCAUGGUGUUCUUUGAAAAAGGAAUUCCACAUAUCUAUGAAGGCGACUUGAUGAAGGAAGACGAACUCUUUGGUUGGUUAUUACAUCAGAAACGCCACAGCGAAAUCCCCGAAGUUACAGAUGAAAUGAUGGACAAGCUAAUUGAAGCAACUCAAUAUUUAGCUGUUAUUUUCUAUGACAAAGACGAUAAACAAGACAUUCGAAUACUUAAUGAGCUAGAAAACAUUGAUGAUGAGUUAGAAAAAGAAGGAAUCGUCAUCGUCAGAAUGGACAACGAAGCUGAAGCUAAAGAAUUUGGUAUCGACCAUCUACCUACUCUCGUCUACUUUGAGGAGAACAUUCCUGCGAUUUACGAAGGAGACCUUAUGAAUGAAGAUGAAGUUCUUAAAUGGCUUAUUGAACAGAAAAACAGUGCAACUAUUGAAGAAGUCACUGACGAGAUCCUGACGGAUCUUAUUGAGGAGCAUGAAUACGUCGUUGUGUAUUUCAGUGGCAACUGCGAGGAAGGCGAAGAGUGUGACAACAUAUUGGAUGAGUUAGAGAAUAUAGACGACGAACUUGACGAGACCGGCAUCAUUUUCGUCACAACAGAAGAUAUUUCGUUGGCUAAGAAAUAUGGCAUCAAGACUUUCCCUACACUUGUGUUUUUCAGGAACAAAGACCCACUUAUUUACAAAGGUGACAUUGAGGAUGAAGAUGAAGUGCUGUCCUGGCUGACUGACGAAAACACUUUGGAAAUCCCUGGAAAAAUUGAGGAAGUCAAUUCCAGAAUGUUGGACAAGAUUCUUGAGGAAAACGACCAUGUUGUUGUUUUCUUCUACGUGGAAGGUGACAAGAAGUCACAAAAGAUAUUAAGUGAACUGGAGAACAUCGACGACGAGUGUGAAGAGAAAGAUAUUGACUUCGUUAAGACAUCUGACGAAGGAAUUGACAAGGAGUAUGACUUGCCAGAUCUACCAGCAUUGGCUUUCUACAGACACAAAUUUAGGACGAUUUAUGAAGGAGAUCUAAUGCAUGAAGAAGAUAUUUUGAAGUGGGUAUUAGAAAUACAAGAUUCUCAACCUGAUGUCAUUGAAAGUGUUGAUAGGAAAACUUUGAAGGAUCUUAUUGAAGAUGUAGAACAUCUUGCCGUAUUUUUCUACAGUGACGAUUGUGAUACCUGCGAUGACGUACUGGAGGAAUUAGAAACAAUUGACGAUGAUACUGACAAAUAUGACAUUCAGUUUGUUAAGUCAAAGGAUUCAAAAUUGGCGUCAGAUAUUGGUAUUUUCAGUUUCCCAGCCCUAGUCUAUUAUGAGACUGGGGUACCAAUCAUGUAUGAUGGAAACCUAUUGGACGAGCACGAAGUGUUAGAUUGGAUGAUUAAACAGAAAGAAGAUGAAAGUAUAGAAGAAAUUGAUAGAGAAAAAUUAUUCAAAUAUAUUGAGACUAAGGAAUUUCUGGCUGUUGUUUUUUAUAAGGAAGAAGAUCCCAAGAGUCCACAAAUUCUAAGACAUGUUGAAUUAAUUGACGAUGAAGCCUCUGAAUAUGGAAUCAAAAUUGUUAAAUGUGCAGACCGAUUAAUGGCCAAAAAAUAUGGAUUCCGAAAUCCACCUGGAAUAACAUAUUUCAGAAAAGGAAAGUACAUCAACUAUGACGGAGAUAUGGAUGAUGAAGAAGAGAUAUUGGACUGGCUUACAAAUCCAGAUAAUAUGGAGCUUACAGAUCAUAUAGAGAGGGUCAACAGGAAAAUGUUCCAGAAGAUAAGACAAACGUCAGAUUAUGUUGCCGUGUUCUUUUACAGUAAUGACUGCAAACAGUGCCCUAGAGUGCUGAUGGAGAUUGAGCACAUUGAUGACGACGCAGAUGGCGCUGGUAUCAACUUCGUAAAGAUUGACGACAAACAGAUGGCUAAAGAAUAUGGUGUAUUUGCUCUGCCUGCUGUACUGUUCUUUAAAAUGGGUUCUAAAGAUCCUGUUAUUUAUGCUGGUGACCUUUAUGAUGAACAACAGCUGUUAAGUUGGUUAUUAACCCAAAAAAACCCAUCUGGAGAUGUGAUAGAGGCAUUAGAAGGCGAAGAACUGAUAAAAACGAUUGAAGAGUCCGGAUCACUGGCCGUUUACUUCUGGAACAAAACGUUGUGCGAAAUUUGCAAUUCGAAAGCGAUGAGAAAGGCGAUGAAAAAGAAAUUAAAAGAAAUCGAAGAGGAAGAGGGUGCAGAAGAGGAUGGUCCCGACUGCGAACAGUGCAUCGGGAUCCUUGAAGAACUAGAGAAUAUUGACGAUGAUUGCGAUAGACAUGGAAUUAAAUUCGUCAAAACACAAGACUACUCCAUUGCUGAAAGUUAUGGUGUUACCGAUUUUCCUGUGUUGGUAUAUUUUGAAAACAAUAUACCGAAUGUGUAUGAAGGUUCUUUAGCGGAGGAAGAAGAGGUGUUGCAGUGGCUGAUAACCCAAAAAACAGAGGAUCGUAUAGAGUUGAUAACGAGAGUUAUGUUAGAAAAAAUGGUUGAAGAAACGCAAUAUCUAGCAGUUUAUUUCUACAAACUAAAUUGUCACAUCUGCGACCACAUUUUGGAAGGACUGGAGAAAAUAGAUGAUGAAUGUGAUGUCUUUGGUAUUCACAUGGUCAAGAUCCAAGAUCCUCAGCUUGCUAAACGAUAUUCCAUAAAAACUUUCCCAGCUAUGGUUUACUUUAGAAAUGGCAACCCACUCUUAUUCGAAGGUGACCUACAAAAUGAGGAGUCAAUCCUUGAAUGGUUGAUAGACGAUGACAACCGUGAAUUAGCAGAUGAAAUCGAAUCAGUCAAUGAAAGAAUGUUGGAAAGAUUGCUGCACGAAUCUCAUUUGCUUGUUGUGUUCUUCUAUGACGAAAAGGAUUGCCCAGAGUGUGAAGAAAUCCUUGAAUCUCUCGAACAAAUCGACGGAGAAGUUGACCAAUUUGGCAUAGACUUCGUCAAAAUCGCUAGCCCAGAAGCAGCAGCCAAAUACAAUAUCGUCAACAUCCCUUCACUUUUGUAUUUCCGUAAACAAGUACCGAUGCUGUAUGAUGGAGAUCUGCUGCAAGUCGAUAGAGUACUUCAAUGGUUGACUUCUCAAGAUGUUUUUGAAAUAAAAAACGAAAUUGAAGAGGUAAACCGUAAGAUGUUAGAUAAACUGUUGGAGGAAAACGAGUUUUUGGCUGUCUACUUUUAUGAGAAGUCAGCCGAAAGCCGAGCAGUUUUAGACAAACUGGAAAACAUUGACAGCGAAACAGAUAACUUGGAUAUCACAUUUGUAAAAAUGCAAGAUCCUCGAUAUGCACGCAAGUGGGGUGUUACCAAAUUACCGGCUAUAGUUUACUUCAGGAAGCGAUUCCCUAGCAUAUUCAGAGGUGACCUCAUGAACGAGGACGAAGUACUAGAAUGGCUGCGGAAAAACAGAUUUAGGCAGCCAGAGCUCAAUAUAUUCAUGUACGCAUUGAUUGCUUUAUCAAUAGCGUUCGUCUUGUACACAGCGUUCUUAUUACAGUGCUUUAAGCCAGCGCCGCCGGCGCCAGCGCCGCACCCGAAGCAACAGUGACACUUAUAUAGACUUUUUAAUGUUGUCUCUCUCGAAUCGUGACUACGUGAGACGAUGAACGGUUCCACUUUUGAUUCCAUUUUGUUUAUGACAAUUAUAAAUUAUUUGACGCUCAAAGUGUUGUGAAUGUAACAUUUAUUGAUAAUAUAUUUUUACAAAUAUAUGUUGCUAUGAAUAUUGAAAUCCAUUUCCGUUAAAAUCUUUACUUACAAAUGGAUUCUGAAGUAGAAUCAAAAGUCGAAUGAUACGUAACAUUGUCUUAGCGUGAUAUGUAUGGAAUCUCGUUACCGAAUCUUCUAGAAAGUUUUAUAGACGACGUACGGUUCUAUUUAGACGCUACAAAUUCUUGGGAUCAAACAUUUGAUAGAGAUUUUAGAAUAAAACUUCUGAAAUGUGUAGGACUUUAAAUCUUUGGUAGUAAAGGCCUAUUUUAUUAUGGGUAAUACUUAGGUUUUCGGGAAAGCCAAGCGGCAAUCAAAUCUAUGGUACAUUUUUUAGGACUACUACAACCACCUUGUUCUGAUAUUGUAGAACAGGAAUAGGAAAUUGUAGAUUUGUGAACUCUAUGGUUACUGUAUUUCUUACUAUAUAAACAGUAUACAGGAUCGAUAUUUAUUGUUUAAGACAGUUUUUCUAGGGAUAUGAUUCACAUUUGACAUUGCGUACUAAUAACGGUAUUUCAUUCAGAAGUCUGUAAUGGGCUUCUUAGUCUUAGGAGCAGAUUGAAAAAGAAUUUCUUUGUACUAGGUAUGUUUAUAGCUUUUAAUUUCUAAUUUUCAGUUUAAGUUUUCCUUUUUUAUAUUUAUCUCGCAUUAUGGGCCCUUUUGAAGUUUUUCUAUGUAUGGCAUUUUAAAUUUUACUGAUAUAUGUAUACUGUAAAGACUGUAACUUCGAUAGCGUACUGUGUGUUUACUGUACGGUGUGCCAUUUUCCAAUGAACCCAUGCCUUCUAUUCAUCGACUUUAUCUAAUUUUAAUGUCUUAGCCUUAGGUCCUGUAAAGCCUUUGAAGAUUGUGUUUGAGUUUUUGGAACUCCAGGGCAAAUUUACCUUUUUGGCGUCAUAGUAGCGUUUUAUUUUAUUAGUUACAGUAAGUUCACAUUUUUGUAAUAAGGAACGCCCUUGCUGUUUAUUAAAAAAAUAGUUAGUUUAGCACCAUCAUGUGUAUGUUUCAUCUGUUGCUUUAGUAUAUUUUAAAGGGUGAUUUUGUUCUUGGGUUUAAUUUUUCGAGUGACUGUCCAACGGGCGGGAACUGGACUGACGCCUGCAUGCUACUACGCUACUUGGAAUAUAACUUUCAUAAUUAUAUGUUUAGUUCAAAAUAGUAUCAAUAAUAAACAAAUUACAAUUGUAGGUCAAUAAGUACAAAUCACGUACCUAUUCCCUACCCUAUUACGUGUCAUAACAUGUCAUAUCAUUAUUUUUAUUACGUAAUUCUACACAAUGACAGAUUUGGAGUGGACAAUAUUCAUUUAGCAUGUUGAUAAUUUAAGGACAUACUACAAACCUCUGUAAAUGUUGUUUAUUGUUCCAAAAAGUAACGUAGUAUCAUACCAAAUAUUUAUUUUAUACAUCAUUCCCGCUCUGCAAUGUGUAAUUAUUAUAAUGAUACCUUCAUUGAAACGGUAAGGGAAAACGUAGCUAACGAAAAUGCUCAAGAGUUGUGAGCGCAAGCCGCGCU